AUGGUUCAGUGGCCUGGUGGCCGAAUCCUGCAUCGCCAUGAGCUAGACACCUUCCUUGCACAGGCAGUAUCUACUCAGCUUUAUGAACCAGAUCAACUUCAAGAACUCAAGAUUGAGAAACUGGAUGCUCGAGGGAUCCAGCUUGCUGCUCUCUUCAUGAGUGGGGUCGACACAGCUCUGUUUGCUAAUGAUGCCUGUGGCCAGCCAGUCCCUUGGGAACACUGCUGCCCCUGGAUUUACUUCGAUGGCAAGCUGUUCCAGAGCAAGCUAAUUAAAGCAGGCCGGGAGCGAGUAUCCCUGGUUGAGCUCUGCGAUGGCCAGGCUGACCUGGCAACCAAAGUGGAGAAGAUGAGACAGAGCAUCCUUGAAGGAGUCUACAUGAACCAUCCACCGCCUUCUGCUCUACUUCCAUCACCUACUUUUGUGCCUCCCAUGGUGCCCUCUCUCUACCCUGUUUCACUUUACCCCCGAGCCAUGGGCCCAAUGCCACCUCCCCCUCAAGGAAGGAGCCGGGGGUUUGCAGGUCUCCAUCCAAUCCCACCCCAAGGAGGAAAACUAGAGAUUGCCGGGAUGGUUGUGGGCCAGUGGGCUGGCAGCAGAUCCUCCAGGGGUCAUGGCUCCUUUGGCAUGCAAGUGGUUUCUGUCGGUGGGCCGGGAAAGGGGCAUGGAAAAGAACAGACUGGUAGAGGAUCCAAAGGACAUAAAAAAGGAAAUAAACAAAGCACUUCAGAUGGAGUUUCUAAAUCCCUGGAGCCUCAUCAAGGUCGGUCUCGCUCACAGGUAAAUGGAAACAAUGGCACAUUGAUCAAGGAAGAGAAGAAUGAUCAUCUUCCAGCUCCAUCACAGUGUGCCUUAACCAGAGACAGCAGUGUGUGUAAUAAUGGUAACCGCUACUUCCCCGUGAAGAAUGGUGAGAAGAGCCGCUUACGAGAGCAAAAGCUGGGAACUGUGGCACAACAGAAAGAGGAAUAACAAGCAGAAGAUGGCUUCAGCAGAUCAGGAAGAGGGGAAAACCUAUACUUUUCUGAUUUUAGGCCCAAGUUAGAGGAGGACAUAAAAUGCUUACCCUAGUUUCAUCCAGAAUUUGGAUGGGGUGUUCUAUUGUAUCCAUCUUUUCCCCUUCCCUGUCUUUUUCUGGGCUUCCAGACUCAGCGGUCUGCUUCUAGGGAAGCUCUGAUCAAAUAUGAAUGGCAACAAGCAUAGUUCCUGUUCUCAAAUUGAAUAUAUAGUGCCAAUAUUCUCUUUACGUCCCCUGGAAGCCUAUUAAGGCAGUGACUAUCGGGUGUCAUCACGUAAGGCCCUAUAGAAAAGUUCCAACUUUCGUUUUCUGAGUAUAUGGCUUCCUAACUUGCUUUUUUCUUUAUGAAAUAGUAGGGCCUUCAUAUAUAAUCAGUAUCCACAUCUUUUAACUCUUUCUCCCCAUUCACCUAUGCCAGGAGUUUAUACUACCACCUCUAGCUCUGACCUGACAAUCAGAUAGGUAGAUGUUUUCAGGGAAGUGAGGUAGUAUUGGUUAUUUUAUUUUUUUAAUUUUUUUUUAAUUUUGUACACUUAAAAUAACUACCAAUGGCCUUUGUACUGGGGGAUUCAAGUGAGUCAGAAAAGUACUGGGCAGAUUUUUCCUGCCUCUGAACUAAUGAAUUGUUUGUAAAAUAGAAGAUGUGGCGCAGUUCACCCACUCCCUGCUGCCCACACCCUGAAAGGGUGGAAUCAAUAUAAUGAAAUUGAGUACGAAAGGGAACUCAAAAGACUGUGUGUGCUUGUGUGUGUGUGUGUGUGUGUUUGUGUAUGGAUGUUUGGAUAGAUGUAUAUAUGAAUGCGUGUAUCUAUAUGCAUACACAUACCCUUUAUAUAAAGAGA